GAACAUAAACAGAACAGCGCAAACCAAAAUAAUAACAAAGACCAGACGACACGUACUGUGACAUACUGAACAGUAACACUGAGCUUAAACGUCUGCUAUCAAUAUGUGGUCAUUUAUAAUUUGAUCGAAAAGGAAAUUACUUCAACAUGAGGUGGUUCUCCAUAUUUGGUAACAGGCCAAACCAUAGUUGGGAGCCAGUCUCCAACUCAGAUGAGUGUGAGGAAGCAGAAAUUCUAAUGGGGGAGUAUGAACAGAACCCUGCUGAAUGUAGGGAUUUAACUAAUGGCCAUCAGCAGAACGACCAUAUUGAACCAGUCUUUCAUCAAAGCAGGAAUUUUAAUUCAUCAACAUUAGCAAUCUCGUACCCAGGUUUUCCUACUCCUGAAGUGCCACCACAACCAUCGCACUCUAACCCAUCAAAUGUGACCAGCUGUGGCCUUCCCAAGCUGUCAUUCCCCACUUGUAGAUGUUCUCUUGUAUUCAUUUCCCUACUGGUUAUCCUGGCUUUCAUCGGGCUGGACGUAGGGCUCGGCUGCUACAGCCUUAUCAUCUACAAGCCAGAAAAACUGGUCAUUGACAAAUCAGUCAAGUCUUUCAGUAUCCCAAACCAUGCUGCAUAUCAGCACUUUGAAGCGCUGAUGCUUGCAAGGAAGGAUAACUCUUCGGGUAGAUUCAAAAGGGACACUGUAAAUUCGUGGAAACAGGAUGAGCCUUUUGGAGAUGAGCAAGAGGCUUUAAAACAUACAGAAGCUGUUCUUAAAAAAUAUAAUUUAGACUUGUCUUUGUUAAAAAAGAACAGCAAAUCAGUGGUACCUUCAGGAGGAGGUGGCUUUAAUGAAAAUCAUAAUGAGUACUUAAGUAGUGCACACAGAGAAAAAAGAUCUAGCAGUAUUGGGUGUAUGUAUGAAUACCAAAGCAGAGCACGCUGGAAGAUGCAUGUGAUAUACCUAGCUCAAGGAGACAAUGAGGCUAAUAUGUUUACCAAAGAGAGGCUUGAGACCGCUCAUGUGAUAGAGAAAAAAAUAAUAGAGCACCCAGGGUUUUAUAACUUCUGCCUGAGAGACCCAACACAGUUUGACCCAGCAGUACAAAACAUGCAAGGCUGUGUACCACCUAAUUCACUGUUGACAUAUUUCUUCCCUUCACAAGAUGAAUUGGGGACUAUCUAUUAUGAUGGUAUGGGCACCAUUGUUGAAGAUAUCCACAGUGCUCUCAGGCUGGCCAUGAACCACGAAACAUUUUAUUAUUAUGUGGAUGAUAAGAUCAAUAAAACCUAUCAAAAAAGUCAUCUGCUCAGGUCUGAAGUACUGUUUGGUGCACCUUUACAAGGUUUUCCAUGUAAUGGUGAUCAUAGAAAAGAUCAAGAUGAAAAGUUCAAGAACUUUGUCAUUACUUAUAUCAACAUGCUAUCAAAAGCUUCAACAGACAAGGUCCAAGUCUUGUACGGCGGGAAUGAAAUCUUCGACUAUGAGGUCACCAUGUCAUUCUGGAGCGAUGUCCGUCUUGCAAUAAUCUCUUUGAUUGCUAUAUUUAUUUUGAUGCUGGUGCUGUCCUUAUCCCUGUUUCUCACCGUCGUUGGUGUUGUGAUCAUUGCACUGAGCUUUCCCAUCUCCUUGUUUUUCUACCGUGUUGUUUUUGGUAUUGAUGCCUUAGGAAUUCUGAAUGGAGCAGCCGCUUUUGUCAUUAUUGGAAUAGGAGUAGAUGAUGUUUUUGUCUUUAUGAACAUCUACCGCCAAGCAUCACACAUUGGCGACACAGUGAAAAGGAUUGUGUACACAAUCAAGACAGCAGGUGUCGCCACAUUUUUUACAUCCUUCACCACAGCUGCUGCUUUUGCUGCCAAUAUUGCGUCCUCUAUUCCAGCCGUGUAUGAUUUUGGUUUGUUCAUGUCAUUGAUUGUCUCCACAUGUUGGAUCUCAGUUUUUGUUCUCAUGCCACCAGCCUUAUACCUCUAUGCUUGCUUCUUUGAGCCUAUUGAAACCUAUUUACUCUCGUGUCUUGUAUGUAAAACAAAGAAGAACCAAGUAGAGACAAACCUGCACUACUACAGCCAGCAGCAAUCUAGUGACCGGAGGCUGUACCAGGAAGAUGAUGUCCCUUUGCUGGACAUCGAUUUUGAUGAUGUCACAACAAGAACAGAGGACCAGGACAUUGGAAGCAUGGAUGAUGAUGACAUGCUGAUAAUGGAAGAUCCAUACAUGGUCUCUCCACAACAAGCAACACACACAGUGCUUGACCAACAGGGAACUAACAGAAGUGACCAAGGUGCACUGUCCACUAGUAAUGACCAAGAAGCCACACCCAGCAAUGAGCCCCACGACCAGAAUGUAUGUCUAGGUAGAUGUAUGCAGAAAAUGCUCAUGUUUGUUACCAACCAUAUAGCAAUCAGGGGAAGAUAUUUUGUUAUUGGCUUCUACUUGGCAGUACUAUGUGCGUCUGUCUACCUGAUGUCCCAGCUGCACCCUGCUACCCACCCACCACAGCUGUUCCGCCCUGACACCAACAUCCAACAACUUUUAGACCUGAAGGCUAAUUUUACCAUCAUUGAUGCUAUCCACUGUGAUACCUGCUCUGCUUUUUAUAAGGUGCAUCCAGGCACUGGGCACAAAACAGAUCCACCCCAGACAAGCCCAACACCAACCAUCAACAUCAUCACAGCAGACAAGACCCUCAACAUUAAGUCCCUCCAACCUCUCGCCCAGACUCUGUUUGACUUCUCCAAUCAAACCAAAUCAGCUUUAUUCAAGCUGUUUGCUGCCAGUAUAUCCACCCUCAUUUCAUCUCUCUCAUCCCCUGGGUCAGCACCAUCAACCACAACUACUACAACAACAACUACAACCAGUGAACCUGUUAAGAUAACACCCAAAUCAUUGCCAGUCUAUGUGCCUUCGACUGACAAUCAACAUGCCCCAAACCCACCUCUUCCUGAUGUCACACAAACUCCAGGGACGACACCAAAAAGACUCAACACCACAUCUGUUGGUAAAAACUUUGAUCCAUGCCAAGAACAGUCUUGUAAUGAUCUCAAAGACAGGCCAAUCCUGAUGUCUGGUGCUACAGUCUAUGUUGUGUUUGGUAUCACAGGUGUCAACAGGUCCAGGGAUGAUGUAGGUCAUGUCAUGGAACAGUUCAAGAGCACAGCAAUUUUUGAUCCUAAGUUUGGGGAUUCUUUCAACUUGAAAAACUUGAACCUGCAGUAUUUAAAGGAACUUUGUGUGAUCUGUAAGCUGCUGGCCAACAAUACAGAUUUGGUUCAGCCUGGGAGUGCACAAUGUGUUCCAAGUACAAUGUACUCACUCCAAAGUUACUUGAAGAGUAUCCCAGAGUGUCAUGACCUCCCAAGUAGCUCUUACAUCUACCAGCGCCAGACACCUGCACACGCUGAAGGUGGGGUGACCAGAAAUAGGAGGGUCAUCUGGCUGGCUUUUGCGUUUGAAUCAACAACAUCAGAGGGCCAGGCCUACUUUGAUGCCUACAAAGAAUACCUGAAGUGGGAAAGCCUUAUGGCCCACAUAAAGAGCAAUGUCAUCUCACCUGACUCUCCACUUCAGAGCAUGUUUCAGACUUCAGAGUUCUGGACUAAGGUUAUGAUGGAAGUUGUAGCAGUCAAUAGUGCAAUUUAUGGUCUGGUCCUUUCCAUGCUAAUUUGUGUGGUCUCUGUGGCUAUCUUCACUGGACAUGCUGUCUUGCUUCUCAUUGUGGUCAUCACAAUUAUAGCCAUGAUUUGCUGUGUGGUUGGUGUGUUCUACCUGGCCGGCUGGGAAAUGGGAGCUGUAGAAGCCGUGUCCCUGUCUAUCCUGGUUGGUUCCUCUGUUGACUACUGUGUGCACAUAGUCGAAGGCUAUAUCCUGGCUGGACGUAGAAUGGACUCAGGUUAUUUAAAAACUGAGAAUGCUGCUAGUUUAAGGAGACAGAGGACAUCAUUAGCUGUCCGCCAUAUUGGAGUAGCCAUUGUCUGCUCUGCACUGACCACAAUCAUCGCUGCUGUACCCUUAACCCAGACCUACAUCCAACCGUUUGCAAAGUUUGGCUCCAUCCUGCUAAUAAACACAACUGUCUCCAUGGUGAUGACCCUAACCUUAGCUGUAUCCCUGCUGGCUACACUUGGCCCUGCCCGCUACAGGGGCACCUGGAGAUCUCAUGUGAUAGCCACUGUUGUGGUGGUUGGUGUGGUGGGGGUUAUUGUCUUGGCUCUGUUCAUUGCUACCAAGCAGGGUGUGAGAAUCCCUGGACCUUCAGGCACUCCCCUCUUUACAUGAAGAAACCCAAGCGCUCAAUAGCUUAGCUGAUACCAUCUUACAAGUCUAGCUAAUACCACCCUUUGAGUAUGUAGUUGAUGCAACCUUGCUAGUCUUCUAAGUAGCUAAUGCCAUCUGCUCAGAGUAUAGCUGAGACCACACUAUAAUGUAACUAGAACCACCUUA